CCGGCCGCACCGGCAGCAGCAGCGGCGGCGCCUCCUUCUCUCCCGCGGCCCGGCCCAGAGUGCGGCGCGGCCGCCGCAUGAGCCCGGGCGGCAGUGGCGGCGGGAGCGCCCGGGAGCAGCAGCCGAGGUGGCCAGGUUGAGCCUGCUUCCCUGUGUAAUGCAAACUGCUGAAUGGAGGAAGGGGGUGGAAGUCAGUCUUUACCGAUACUCUUUCCGUUACCGUCCUGCAUGGUUCUUUACCCAUGUUUUACAGAGUGGUGAAGAAUUAGGAGAAGCUGCAGUUGUUCUGCUGAGUGGAGCUAAGUGGGUGGCUUCCUUCUGGACCCUCACUUCACUGUCUUAGGUACAAGAACUGUAGAAGUCCAUUUUAGAAUUUGAAAGAACAAGAUUCUGCAGCUCUGGAAAGAUAUGCCAUGGAAGUAAUCAGCUGGGGUGGUCCCAGGGCGCUCUGGGCACGAGUAUUGCUGAGUGAUCAUUGGCUGCCACCUGCGUGACAAAGUAAAGGACCAACCCUUCAAUUUAUACCAGUGGAGCCAGAUCACGGGAAACAAUUGACAGAAUUGUUAAGCUUAUGCUUAGCCCAGCGUGAUACAGGACUGGUGCGACAACUCAGUUUUGAUCAGUGACUCAAAAUUGUGAUCACCCUGAUGUCACCGAAUGGCCACAGCUUGUAAAAGAUCACCAGGAGAACCACACUCUGAGAACAUUGAAACUAGCCGAAUGAAGCGAGCAGCUGCAAAGCAUCUAAUAGAGCGCUACUACCACCAGUUAACCGAGGGCUGUGGAAAUGAAGCCUGCACGAAUGAAUUUUGUGCUUCCUGUCCAACUUUUCUCCGUAUGGAUAACAAUGCAGCAGCCAUUAAGGCCCUCGAGCUUUAUAAGAUUAAUGCAAAACUCUGUGAUCCUCAUCCCUCCAAGAAAGGAACGAGCUCAGCUUACCUAGAAAACAAUUCCAAAGGUGCCCAUAACAAUUCCUGCACUGACAGAAAAAUGAACAAGAAGGAAAUGCAAGGCCCGAGAGAUGACUUUAAAGAUGUGACCUUCCUAACAGAAGACAAGAUAUAUGAAAUUCUUGAACUAUGUCGAGAAAAAGAGGAUUAUUCCCCUUUAAUCCGGGUGAUUGGGAGAGUGUUUUCUAGUGCUGAAGCACUGGUACAGAGUUUCCGAAAAACCAAGCAACACACCAAGGAGGAGCUCAAGUCUCUUCAAGGAAAGGAUGAAGACAAAGAUGAAGAUGAAAAGGAAAAAGCUGCCUGUUCGGCUGCUGCUAUGGAAGAGGAUUCUGGUGCAUCAUCAUCUUCAUCAUCAAGAAUAGGUGAUAGCACACAGGGAGAUAAUAACCUCCAAAAACUAGGCCCAGAUGAAGUGUCUGUAGAUAUUGAAGCAGUCAGACGGGUCUAUGAUAGGUUACUUUCUAAUGAAAAAAUAGAAACUGCCUUUUUAAAUGCACUUGUGUACUUGUCACCUAAUGUGGAAUGUGACUUGACUUACCAUAAUGUGUACUCUCGGGAUCCUAACUAUCUGAAUUUGUUUAUUAUCGUUAUGGAGAAUGGCAAUCUUCAUAGCCCAGAAUAUCUGGAAAUGGCUCUACCAUUGUUUUGCAAAGCAAUGAGCAAACUGCCCCUUGCAGCUCAAGCAAAACUGGUCAGAUUGUGGUCUAAGUACAGAGCAGAUCAAAUUCGGAGAAUGAUGGAAACAUUUCAGCAGCUUAUUACUUACAAAGUCAUAAGCAACGAGUUCAAUAGUCGUAACCUAGUGAAUGAUGAUGAUGCUGUUGUUGCUGCUUCGAAGUGCUUGAAAAUGGUUUACUAUGCAAAUGUAGUAGGAGGGGAUGUGGAUACAGAUCAUAACGAAGAGGAAGAUGAAGAACCCAUCCCAGAAUCAAGUGAACUAACUCUUCAAGAGCUGUUGGGUGAGGAAAGAAGAAAUAAAAAAGGUCCUCGAGUAGACCCACUGGAAACUGAACUUGGUGUUAAAACUAUAGAUUGCAGAAAACCACUUAUCCCUUUUGAAGAAUUUAUUAAUGAACCACUGAAUGAUGUUCUAGAAAUGGACAAAGACUACACUUUCUUCAAAGUAGAAACAGAGAAUAAAUUCUCAUUUAUGACCUGUCCCUUCAUAUUGAAUGCUGUUACCAAGAACCUGGGAUUGUAUUACGACAAUAGGAUCCGGAUGUACAGUGAAAGACGCAUAACUGUGCUCUACAGCUUAGUUCAGGGGCAGCAGCUCAACCCGUACUUGCGGCUGAAAGUGAGGCGUGAUCACAUCAUUGAUGACGCGCUUGUCCGGCUAGAGAUGAUUGCCAUGGAAAAUCCUGCAGACUUGAAGAAGCAAUUGUAUGUUGAAUUUGAAGGAGAGCAAGGGGUAGAUGAAGGAGGUGUUUCCAAAGAAUUUUUUCAACUUGUUGUGGAAGAAAUCUUCAAUCCAGAUAUCGGGAUGUUCACAUAUGAUGAGUCUACAAAAUUGUUUUGGUUUAAUCCGUCCUCUUUUGAAACUGAGGGUCAGUUUACCCUGAUUGGCAUAGUACUGGGACUGGCUAUUUACAACAACUGUAUACUGGAUGUACAUUUCCCCAUGGUUGUCUACAGGAAGCUAAUGGGCAAAAAAGGAACUUUCCGUGAUCUGGCAGACUCUCAUCCUGUUCUGUAUCAGAGUUUGAGAGACUUACUGGAGUAUGAAGGAAGUGUGGAAGAUGAUAUGAUGAUAACGUUUCAAAUAUCUCACACGGAUCUCUUUGGCAAUCCAAUGAUGCAUGAUUUAAAGGAAAACGGUGAUAAAAUCCCUAUUACAAAUGAAAACAGAAAGGAAUUUGUCAAUCUGUAUGCUGACUAUAUACUCAAUAAAUCAGUAGAAAAGCAGUUCAAGGCCUUUCGGAGAGGAUUCCACAUGGUGACCAAUGAAUCUCCUUUGAAAUAUUUAUUUAGACCAGAGGAAAUUGAAUUACUUAUUUGCGGAAGUAGGAAUUUAGAUUUUCAAGCACUAGAAGAAACUACAGAAUAUGAUGGUGGCUAUACAAGAGACUCUCUUAUUAUUAGGGAAUUCUGGGAAAUAGUCCAUUCAUUUACAGAUGAACAGAAAAGACUGUUCUUACAGUUUACAACAGGCACAGACAGAGCCCCUGUGGGAGGACUUGGAAAGUUAAAGAUGAUCAUAGCCAAAAAUGGCCCAGAUACAGAGAGGUUACCUACAUCUCACACAUGCUUUAAUGUACUUUUGCUUCCGGAGUACUCAAGCAAAGAAAAGCUUAAAGAAAGAUUAUUGAAGGCCAUCACAUAUGCCAAAGGAUUUGGCAUGCUGUAAUAAGUAUAACAAAAGGGAUUUAAAAAUGAUGGUGAUGAUGUCCCUGUCCAAAAAGGCCAUAAGAUAGUGAGCUACAGUAGUCACCUGUGUUUGUGCCUCCCUUCUCUACUGGGGACAUUGGGCUGGAACAGCAGAUUUCAGCUGCUUAUAUGAACAAAAUCUUUAUUUUUUCUUUUAGCGUGAAAGUGUUACAUAUUCUUUCACUUGUAUGUACAGAGAGGUUUUCCUGAAUAUUUAUUUUAAGGGUUAAAUCACUUUUGCUUGUGUUUAUUACUGCUUGAAGUUGAGCCUUUUUGAGUAUUUACAAGAAAACAAACUGUACUCUCCCAAGGAAAAUAUUGCCAUCAUUUGUAGACCAUGUAACCUUCAAGUAUGUGCUAUAUUUUUGUCCCUGUAUCUAAUCAAAUCAAGAACUGUACUUUUUGAAGAGUUUGCUUUUGAAACUUGAAGUCUUGAAAAACAGUGUGAUGCAAUUACUGCUGUUCUAGCCCCCAAAGAGUUUCUGUGCAAAAUCUUAAGAAUCAAUAAAGAUGGAAGGGAGAACUUGGAAUGUUAAAUUGCAGCCUUGAGAACUUUACUUUAGUCACAGCACAACAAUUAAAAUUCAUUUCACUAUAUGUUGUCUUCACAUGUCUUGUAAUAAACUGUGUUUUUAAUUAGGAAACAUUUCUUAGCAUAUGAAAGGGUAGAAAUUUUAGUUACUUUUUUAAAAAAAGUUUACUGGGGAAAGUGCAUUUUCAACUGAACAGCUUUAGAGUAGGGAGUGAAGUGUCUGGAAAAAAAGAUAGGAAGUUUUUGCUAUAUUAUAAACAAAGCAUGUGGAAGUGCACUUAAAAUGAAGUUCUAUUCUUAAUUGCCUAUUAUGUUGACAUUUAAAAUAGACAAUCCAAAGUCUUCCCUACAUGUUAUGUCAUCAUUUAUUUAAUGAAUCAUUUUUCCUACCUAUCAAGGCACAUGAUCAGUGUUGCACCAUAGUCUAAAGGGAUGGCUACUGUAUUUUAAUCUCAUCUAACAAUAAGCAAAAUUGAACAAUAUUAAACGUGAGGCCUACUUCAUGUUGUACACUUCCAGCCAUUAAAUAAACUGUUAGAAAGUAAGUACUAAGGUUAUGUUCAUCUACUACAUAAAGUAUUCAGUAGGUUUUUAAUUUAACUCUACAAAUCAUAUCAGAAAUAAAUCCUUUACCUUUCUUAGUCUGUGUUUAAUGUUAAUUUCUCCUGUUGCAAUAUAUGAUGAAGGGAUUCUGCAUUUGUAAGUGCAGAUGGAACUGGCAUAUCUCUUUUCCAAUACAAGCUGCAGCGGGUGUGCAGAGCUGAGCUUGUGCCUUGACAAUUGCUAUAACUGGCUACUAGCGAUCCAACCCGUGACUGUGUGGAAUUGGCAUUAAAAGGCUUAGUUUUGAAAUCAUUGGAAAAAGAAAAGAUGUCUUUCAGGACUAUUUUAAUAAAUUCUUUCUAGUAAUAGAAACAGACAACUGUUAUGUAACUAUGAUGCUGAAUAAAACAAUGACCUUUUUUCACCAUGGUUCAGUGAAAAAGAAAACAAGUUACUUUCUUACUUUGAUAAAUUAGAUAUUAAAUGGUUUGAUUAGACGUUGUUGUAGUACUGAAUAAUUUGAGGUUGCAGGUACGGAAAGCUCUCCACAAGUGAACUGUAGUGAUGUCGGGUCCAGCCAUGUUCUCCUCUCAAAUUCAAGCCAAUGCCAGAUGGCCCGGACACAUGGGACUGAAACUUACUGGGGAGGGAAAGGUGCUGUCUGUCUUCUGGCCCAUCUCAGAGGUGGCCCUUAGGGCCUGCCCUCUUGUAUGUCUACCUUGUUGUAUGUCCCAGAGGAGGAAACCACAAGAUACCCUACCUCUCAGUGUAGAGUGGUUGACAACAGUGCCUGCUGAGCCCUUCAAGUUUGGAGCAACUCUUACUCGUAGCGUAGGUGGUAAGAACAUUUGCCAAGUGCCUUAAGGUUAUUCACUGCAAGCAUGAACACAUCAUGAUACUGUGUUCACAGUCUGAUGUGUUAAGCUCUAUCCCUGUAACUCUUCUUACACUAAUUUAGCUGUGGUUUGUGGUUGCACCCAGCUGACAGGUGUAUGUGAUUCAUGUUGGGUUUUUUUUAUAUAGGUCCAAAAGCUGUGCAGACAGCAUUACUGGAUAGCAAUACAACAUUCUCUUAAUUGUUGACAUUGUAAAUAUGCUCUUUCUGUUUUCCUUUAGCAUUAAGAUUAAAAUAAUACAUAAUGGUAUUGGCCUUCAAAAGCAUAAGUUGUUUUUCAAGGAAUCAUUUUCAGGUAAGAUAUAAUACAUAAUAUUUGACUGAUUUCUCAUGUAAAUAUAUACUGCCUCCCCCCAGAUACCACUGUAUUAGAACCUUAUCUCUUUAGGUCUGGUGUAAGUGCACUAGUUGCUCGGCAGCACCAGCUGAUAAGGUUUAAAAUAAAUAAAUCUUGAAGUCUUAUAGCUGCAGGCUGCAUUCCUGUCCUACAGAAGUUUCAGCCAGUGUUCUGUUUGAAGGGCAAAAUGUCAUUUUAAAUUGGACUUGAUUUGGGGUUUUUUUCCUGGCUCCUGGCACACCUGGAAUGUCUUUCACAGUGUCUAGCAAAGUUUAGGUCUACAAAACUUGGAGACUUAAGUGUACUUAUGUGUCAUGGAAAUACCUCUCUUCAGUGAGACAGAAGAUUCCUGUUCCAAGGCAAUAGUCUGAUGCCAGUGUGGUGAUGUUCUCUCCACAGGGUGCCAAUGUGUUGACAAGAAAAUAUUUUGGACAUCUCAGCACUGCCUCAUUUGACAAAUGAAAAAUACCUCUUCAAGUAUCUCCUUCUGCACCCUAACCGACUGCCUGAAUGUUUCCAACAUCAGUGCAAAGGGGCCAUCAGGCUUCUGUGUAUUGUACCAUCACAUGCUUCAAAAAUUAUAGUAGUGCAAGAGAAGUAAUGCCGUGUAAAGAGUCAUCUUAAUGUGGCACUGUUUCAGAUUUAAUUAGGAGUGAAGAAAUGAUUUUGUUUAGUUCUGGAGGUAUGUUAGCACAUAAUGCAUAAACAGAGACUCACCUUUUGAAAGAUCAAAGCUUUUGCUUCUUGCUAAAAAGAUUUCAGGAACAGCUGUCAGCAGUGAGCAUAGUUCAGUUAACUAAGGAAUAGUGUUUUGUGAACUUCUCACUGGGCUUGUCUUCCACUUGGCAGGCAGCAGCCUGAGACAGAAUGGUGGCAGCCAAGUGGACACCUCCAACCCUGCAUUCUGAGGAGAGCUGAUGCUGAAAAGGGCCCAGGGCUCCAAGGAACUCCGUGUUACAGUAGUCAGUCCAUGCCUCUCAUCCAGCAGUGGCUUCACUGCUGAAGCAGGAGCUUCCUGUCCCAUCUGACACCAUACAGGUGUGAUGGACCUAGUGGGCUCAACCUCCCACUAGGAGCUGCAGUGUGAGCUGCCCACAUGCCUGCUUGGGCUUCUGCUCUGUGGAGCAGGGAAUUGGACACAGGUUUCCAUGCUGCUGUAUGUUUCCAGGACAAAGGGUUCCAUGCUGAUGUUUUGGAAAAGGACAAUCCCCACAUCAUCAGCUUUAAGGUGUUUCCUUCGCAUUGCUGCACCCAGUUACCUCCAGGUAGAUUUUUAUUCUCACAUGAGGAUUAAGAAUUUCCUGGUUGCCUCAAGAGUUUUUAUGUGAAUAUGAAUUGGGUGGAAUGUUUGAGCUAUGCUUUAUUUAUUAUGCAGAAAAACUCCAUCAUUUCAGCAUGCAAGAUGGAGCAGGAAUUUCUUCCAAGUUAAGCUAUUGAAAACCAAGCUUUUCCUAACAAGAUCUGAGUUUAUUAUGCUUAGUCUGAGUCACAAGAGUUUGUGAUUAGUUACAGUUCUUGUUCAUAGCUGAAAGUUUAAUUUAAUUGUCAUAAAAUCUGUAAGACCAGUGGGGACUUAAUAAAAUUAAUUUUUAAAAAUUCAGAUUUAUACUGAAUCAUGGAAGGAAUGCUGCUUUGGAAAUAAGAGUUAAUACUGGCAUUAGUCUUGAGGUCAUUUCUUACCCAGAUGAAUUCAUGAAAUCCAUGAAAUGUCAGUACUUUUAUCCAUCUGAAGAUGUCUUCAGCUGUUGGUUCUUAUUGUUCUUCUUCAUUAACCCAAUUAAAAAGUGUGUGGGAAGGUGAUUUUAGUUGUAGAUAUACAAGUAUAGUUUUGUUCUGUUCUGUAUUUGUAGAAUACAUCAAGAGAGCAGUUCUGAUAAACAGCUGAAGUUUGCCUAGUGUGCUUGUGUUGAUGGAUGUCUUGCUCAAUAUAGAUCCUGCGUUGGGAUUUCUGUGUGGGGAAAUGUCCCAGAAACGAAGACAUUGGAGAUGCAAGUGGAGGGUGGGAAUCAUUAUUCUAUUUUAGGACAAUAAGAUUGUGUUAGGAACUCCUACAUUAUUUUGCUGGGUAGGUUUUUGCAUAGUUUUGAGACCUAAAAAUUGAGACCAGAGCUGACUGUGAAAGUCAGACAGCCAAUUGCUGGAGUUAGACUUCUGCCCUUUGAAGGACAGGCAGCACAGCUCAAUGGCAAACAACUGCACAUGCAGGGAUGCUGCUGCUCCUGCAGCCUUGGCUCACAGCUUGGACUGACCAAUGUCAAGUGAAGAUAAAAACUGCAGAGAUUUGUGGCUCAGCUGCUACAUGCAAAGCUGACAUGAAGCCUUUCUUAAUAUCACCAAAGGCUCUGGUGUAUCUGCUGUGCCACUGGGGUCAUGUACAGAGAAAGUCCUUUAAAACUGUCUUCCCACUGCAACCUUCUGCUUGCAGACCUGUAAGGACAGCAGAGGGAGCAACAGUGCUCAGGAGCAAGUGGCCAUGAAAUGGCGACUAGCUGAACUUCCCUGUCCCAGGCUGAGCUGCCAUACAUCAUGUGUUGCUGCCUUUGAUUUAAUAUUUCCUUUUGCAAGCAUCUGUGUUUGAGCAGCAAGGGAUAAAGAUCAGGUAAGCCAAUAUGUUACUAUUGAAGGGGUUUUGUUUCCUAAUAUAACUGAUUUUAAUAAAAAUUGGAAACUUGGCACAAGAAUGUUUUCUAGAUGAAAGAGUGUUUUCAAAAGAAAAAUCUCCCUUGUGCCAUGCACACUGAUUUUUAAUUUUUGUCAUCUAUGCAUGGAGAAUACAAUGAAUUUUGUAGCAAGGCACCUGAAAUAAAUUACAUUUUGGUUUCUCCAAUAUGGGUAUUUUCCUUUAAAAGCUCAACACAGAUCUCUUUGUGAGCAUUUGAUAAGGGUUGCUCUUGCACUAGGUGAGAACAUUGCUGCUGUGCCAGGAGUUGUUCCAGACAAUAUCCUCAGGCCUUUCGGAAGCAAUCUUGCUCCAGACCUGCAGCAGUUUGGACAAGAAGUUUUGUCAUCCUAAACAGCUUUGAUUUUGGAGGAGAGGAUUUCUCAUUGUUUAAGCCUUAGGAAAGGUUUCCUGGGUUUGGGACCACCCCUGCCCUCUGUUGCCACCUUCAGAGGAUAGAUUAGUCCCUUCUUUCUCUUUUGUGCUCUUGGCUUCUCCAGAACAAGGGCUGGCCUGGAGCCAGCGCUUUUGAACACCAUGUCCUGCUGCAGCCCAGCAGUGACCCUUGGGGCAGUUGGUGGCAAUGAUUUGCCUGCUGCCUCCAAGCCAGUGCUGCCGGGUUUUGGGUGGUAAAAACAGGCUCUUCCAAUUGGUCUCAGCACGUCCUGAGUUUGCUCUGAAAUUUUCCCUUUGCCCUGCCCAACUGAGAGUGAAGCUGUGUAGGACUGAGCCCUAUAUGGAGCAGGCAGCACUGCUGUGCUGCACAGCAGGUUUGCUCUCAGCACUGGCAGUGGCUGGGGAGGGGGAACAUGCCCUUCUGGAGUUAUUCCUGUUGCCCAUUGGUCUGGCUCGGGUCCCUUCUGGCCACCAAAGUGUAAAUCAGUUUAGAAAACUCUACAGGGGCUCCCCUGUCUGCUUUCUCUCUCUGGCUCCAGAUUGCAGUAUCACUUCUGUACUAACCUCCCUUCCCUGGUGACAGGAACCUGAGCAGCUUGGGGUGUCUCCCUUACCCAGCACAUCUGUCACCCCUGCUCUAGGGUGGCUGCGGUUUUGAACUGCCACCAGCUCCCCAGAGGUGCUGCAUGGCUCUUUUCUUGCUCCUCUUCUUCCUCACCACACUUUCUCUUCUUGGGCUGCCAGUGCUCACAGCUGGUGCAGUCAGGUUGUGGCAAUGAAACUGCCAGCCUUGAAGCCCUGAACUGAAAGUGUUCCUGCUUGGGACAGCUCCUGUGUCAAUCUGCCUUGAGCCACGAGCCUUGCCUGUGCUGUCAGUGCUCAGGCUGAACCAUGCACCAAGAAGCCUGGCUCUGGCUGACGGGCUAAAUGAAUUGUGGAGGCAACCAAUGUGUUUGGAAAGGCAUGAGGUGCUUUGCUAGAAAAGCUCUGCAGCUUUGUGCUGCUAGACAUAAGCUUUUUUCCUGACCUUGAUGCAAGUGUGGUCAGAGGGAGCUUUUAUUGCUAGGAGAUGAGGCACUGGGUUUUCAGUAGUCAGAACUUAAAAUUCCCACCUCUGGAUCAUUACCUUCACUGAUAGUACCCAAAGCUGCUGCUGUAAGAGAGGACUUCUGUGCCAAGCAUUGGACCUGUGAACAAGCACCCUGAGGACUUGCUUAAAACAGCCUAAAUUAACAAGUAAUCUGAAAACAGUGGGAAUCCUACUGCAGGAAGCUGGGUUAAUUACCUGCAUUAUUCUGCAAGUGAAAUAUUUGUACUUUGAUGAGGAACUGGCAAUUGGUUCUCCUAAAAAGAGCAGAUCUUUACAGCACGGUUGAACUGAUUCAUCAGACCGGGUGGCAGGCUACACAAAAAAAAAAAAAAAAAAAAAAAAAAAGGUUUUGUGCUUCUCUCCUUCUCUGGAAAGGCAAGUAAUGCCCAUGCUACUCACCUAAAGGGGCUGCUCAGGUGUAAGCACCUGGAGGUGGUUCCUCUUUCAGGGAAAUGAGGGGAUGUUACUGUUGGCUAGAAGAACACAAAGGUGUGGGGUUUUUUCCUCGUCAGAAAGUUAAAGAAAUUACAUAUUAAAAAGCUGAGAAAUUAAUAGCUCUUUAUCAAGUUGCCCAUUGUUUUAAAUACAGCCAUGCUUUCCCUGAUUUUCCACAUUAGUGUUCUUCAGUUGCCCUCUUACAGAAAGGCUGGUACCAGGCACCACUAAUGCUAAGGAAAGAAAAUUGGAAUAGCAUCCAUUAGUAAAUUCCUUCCAUACUUCUGCACUUCUGGUUUUAGUACUCUACUCCUGAUUUACCUGUACAAAUAAGAGAGGCCUCUGUUAGAGCUGGCUAGUGUUCUCAGCCUCUUGGGAAGGCAGCCCAUGGAAGCUGAGCCAUUGGCACUGCAACCUGCACUCUCCUUGCAGGAGCCCAGGUGAUCUCCCAGCUUCUGAUGAAGGAAAUCUGUGAGAACUGCUGCUGCUUCUGGAGUAAAGCUAAUGUUUGUGCUCAUCCUUAAAUAACUGCUUAAAGAGUGCAAGCCUUUCCUCCUCCCUUUGCUCCUAGGGCAUGGAAGAGGGAGGAUUGCCAACACAAAACAGCAGAACUGUAUUUGCUGCAGUGAGGCUGCAAGAGCAGCUGGCAGCAGCAAGCCUCAGCCCUCGUGAGCUGGAAAUGAUUGCAAAAUCUGAAUUUCAGAAACAAAAGGCCUGACCAUCUUCAGCCCUAGUGCUUGUUCCUCAGAGCUUGUGUGGUUUCCCCCUUCAGGCACCCUUCUCAUGCUCUGGGCUAUGAAUGGGAUUGGGGAGGAGAGGAGAGUCCCAGAUUGAUGGCUUCCCUCAGGAAAGCUGCCACAACUGAAAUCUUGUGCUUUAACUGCCUGUACAGUUGCCAGAUCCAUUUAGUGCAUAAUUCAUUUUGCUCUCAGGGAUACAUGAGAUGUUUUUGCAAAUGCUGAAUUAUGUAGACAAGGGUUUGAUUCAUUCUGUUUGUUCCAGGUUGGAAACAUUAAUAGAAGAGCUGGGGGACCUUGAAGCCAAGUGCAAAUGCUGUCAUCUUCUUGAGGGUGAAGAGUAGCUCUCCUUCAGUCCACCUGUGUCACCACUGGACAGCCUGGCCUAGGUUUGGCCUGUGAAUGUCUCAUCUUUGGUGCCAGCAGUAAUACAGACACAAGUGUGUCUUCCAAAGCCACCAACACACGGACCAGCUCAGAGACAGCACCAAGGACAAUGAGCAGUUUGGUUUCUAAUGUAAAGUAGAGCCCUUGUAUUGUACAUUAAUAAAUAUUUGGCAGGAAUGAAACUCUAAAGCAAAUGCCUUGGAGAAAAGCAUGAUUGUACUUUCCCUGGGCUGUUUCUGAAGAAAGAACUGCACUGUAAAGAAAACCCCAAUCCUUGGCUGUACAAAUACAUGAGCUGUUUUGCUGUUA